GAUGGCCGACAAGGCAGUACCUAAAAGCAUUUGGUGGAUCCCAAGCCAUGUGAUUUGAUCAGAGAAAUCGAACAAAAAGCAGAGUAGGAAACUUCCGAGUUGCUUCGCAAUCAAUUAGCUGGAAAUGCAGUCGAAACUGUGUCAUCUUUUAUAUAUACCACUCGGCUGCUGCCUCCGUUUCAGUCUCUCCCUUCUCCUUCAAGGCUUCAACCCCCACCGAACCUACUCAACAUGGCUGAACUUGCCUUUGGAAUCAUAGGGAAUGUCAUACAGAAGCUUGGCUCCGUUGCUUACCAAGAGUUCACCUUGUCAUCGGGUUUCAAAAGCGAUCUGAAAAAGCUUAAGCGCACCAUGUCAAUCAUUAGAGAGGUGCUACUGGAUGCUGAAAAGAAGCAAGCAAGUGACCGCCUGCUGAGAAUCUGGCUAGGGCAGCUCAACAAUGUCCUUCAUGAUGCAGAGGAUGUGCUUGAUGAAAUUGAGUACCAAGCUUUAAGGGAGCAAGUGGUUGCCACUUAUGGGAGCACUUCUACAAAGGUACGUCAUUUCUUUUCAUCCUCUAUAACACGUGCAUUCCCUUUCAAACUGGCUCAUAAGAUCAAAGGCAUUAGAGAGAGAUUAGAUGAGAUUGCUGCUGAGAAAGAUCAAUUUAAUCUCACCAUAAUGCGUGGAGAUGCACAUAUCAUGCACCGGAUGAGGGAUCCGACCCACUCUUUUGUUCACGCAUCAACUGUAAUCGGUAGGGAUGAGGACAAAGAAAAUAUCAUAAAUCUUUUGAUGCACCCAGAUUGUAGCAAAAAUGUCAAUGUAAUUUCCGUAGUUGGGUUGGGAGGUUUGGGGAAAACCACAGUUGCCAAGUGGGUGUACAACGAUGAACGGGUAGUUGGGCUUUUUCAAUUGAGAAUGUGGGUUUGUGUGUCUGAAGAUUUUAGUCUUGAAAGAUUGAUAAAAGAAAUCCUUAAAUCUGCACGUUGUACAAUUGAUCCUGAUUGGAGUGUGGAUACAUUGCAAACUGUAUUGAGACAACAAUUAAGGGAUAAGAAAUUUCUACUUGUCUUAGAUGAUGUCUGGAAUGAAGAUCGUAAUAAGUGGAUUGAAUUGAGAGAUUUGUUAAUUGGUGCUUCCGAAGGAAGUGAAAUUAUAGUGACAACACGAGGUAACUUGGUUGCCUUCGCUAUGAGCACCGAUUCUACAUAUAGUUUAAAAGGUUUAUCCCAACAUGAUUGUUUGUCUUUGUUUGUGAAAUGUGCAUUUACGGAAGGAGAAGAGAAACAACAUCCAAACCUCUUAAAAAUUGGAAAAGAGAUUGUUGAAAAAUGUAAAGGGGUACCGUUGGCAGUGAGGACUUUAGGAAGCCUGCUUUAUUCAAAAGUUGAUGAACGGGAGUGGGAAUUUGUAAGAGAUAACGAGAUAUGGAAAUUAGAACAAAAGGAGAGCGACAUCUUACCCGCAUUGAAAUUGAGUUACGAUCAACUGCCAAUUCACUUGAAGCGAUGCUUUGCCUUUUGUUCUCUUUUCCCAAAAGACUACCGAAUCGGUUCAUUUCCUUUGAUUCACCUAUGGAUGGCAAAUGGACUACUAUGUGAAAUGACUAGUGAUAAAAAACAAGACUUGGAAGAUGUUGGGCACUCGUAUAUAAAAGAGUUGUUGUCAAGAUCUUUCUUCCAAGACUAUGAGGAAGAGACUAUAGGCUUUCCCUUCUAUUCAUUUAUAAUGCAUGAUCUCAUCCAUGAUCUUGCAAUCUUAGUUGCGCAAGGAGAAUGUUCAGUAGUAGACUCAGACAACAAUGACAUUGCUGGAAUUGUUCAUCAUUUGGCAUUUUCAAAAAUUGGUCAAGAAGUUCCAAAAUGCUUAGACAAGUUAACAAAUGUUCGUACCGUUAUGACCACUAUAGACUUCCAAACACUCCCAUUGUCCUUAGCUGAAGCAUGCAUCUUGAGAUUCAAGUGCUUGCGAUUUCUUGACUUAAGUGAUUCAUCUUUUGAGGUGUUACCAAGUUCUAUCGGUACUCUGAAGCAUUUGAGAUAUCUCGACCUAUCUGGUAAUGAAAGAAUCAAGUUACUUCCUAAUUCAAUCUGCAAGCUACACAAUUUGCAAACAUUAAUUCUUGUAGAAUGUUGUGAACUUGAACGGUUGCCCAAAGAUAUAAGGAACUUGAUCAACCUUAUCAGCUUCGCAGUGACAAUAAAGGACACUUGCUUUUGGGAGAAGAGAUCCUUGAAUUCUCUUCGGUUCUUUGCUGUAACUAAUUGUCCGAGACUAGAAGUUUUGUUUCAAGGAAUGGACCAGUACCUCACCAACGUUCGGACACUGGCAAUAAAAGAUUGUGAAAGUUUGACAUCUUUGUCACACAGUAUCAAGCACCUGACUGCCUUAGAGUCCCUGCUAAUUAAUAAAUGUCCAAAGCUUAGUUUGAUGGGAGGAGAAAAAGACAAUCAAGAUCUCAAGCUGAGCCUCCGAACUUUAGUAAUUAGCGAUUUACCAAAGUUGGAGAUUUUGCCCCAAUGGCUACGAGGAUCUGCUAAUACUUUACAAUUCCUAAGAAUUGAAGAUUGUGAGAACUUCACGGCCUUGCCUGAUUGGCUACCAACUCUCAAAUCACUUCAUGCACUUGAGAUUAUCAAGUGCCCCAAGUUGUCAUCUCUUCCGGUGGGGACACAACUUCUCACUGCGCUAAGAAAAUUGAAGAUUGAAGAUUGUCCUGAAUUGAGUAGGAGAUGCAAAUUGGAAGAUUAUCCCAAGAUCGCUCGUGUACCAAAGGUUGAACUUGAUGGGGACAGAAUUCUUCAACAUAAGAAGAUGACGAGGAGUAGAGGAUAAGAUGCUGACCGUGGAAGCCUGAAUGUAGAGAAGUUUAAAGUUAUCUGUUUAAUUAUUUCCGCCAUUGUAAUUUGAAUUAAUAGAUGAAAAAAAAAAACAUUGUUGCCG